AUGUUUGCUGCCAUCGCUUCAGGCAAUCCGCUACAAUUAUCCACCGAGGUACCUAAUUCCAACGGUCUUCAACAUACAAUAAUACUAUCAUCGACGAAACCCAAAUCGUAUUCGCAUAUUUCAUUAUUCAUCUUACCGAAUGUGACAUUUCCUCCAGAAUUUGCAGCAACAGUGUAUUUCAAAUUGAGCCCAACAGAAGAAUUUAAGUUAUUUGGAUACCUUGCGCUCGAAAAGCCAAGUGCAAUUUUUAAGGUCAAAUUACCAGCAGCAGGUACAAUAAGCACUAACGACUAUCCAGACGGAUUGGGCGAGAUAGAUAUGGAUGACGAUGAUGAGCCAUCAUCGGGUGCGAUCCCUAGUAGCAAUAUAUCAGAGCUCAUCAUAGGAAUCUCUAUAGAGCCCAGAGAACAGGCCAUGCUUAAAUUAGAGGAAUGGAAGGCCAAACAGCAAAUCGAGGGCAGUGGCUCGGCUCUUAUCGUUUCCCGACCGGGACAAGGAAACAUCUCAACGCCAGGUCAAUUAGCGAAGCGAUAUCCUCAAUUAACUCAGCAAUUGGCUGCGAAAAUUGUACAACAUGCAUACAAUUAUCUUACCGGUUUCCUUGAUCCUGAAGGAAACGUAUCGAUCAAAAGAUUUGAUUCUUGGUGGGAAAAGUUUCGGGUACGACUUGAGAACGAUGGCCAAUUUCUCGAUGAAGUGACGAAGGAUUAA